AUUGAUUUGAGCAGAAUCUCACCUUAUCGGGGAAAGUGGACAGAGAAGAUGGAGACGGGUGGGAGAGCCGCGCCGACGGGCUGCUACAAGUGUGGCCGGCCGGGUCACUGGUCCCGUGACUGCCCUUCCGAUCCGAUCCGGAGCCCUAGCUCCGGCAAUCCUCCUCCUGCAUCUUCUUCUGCGUCGACGUUCAGAGCUCCUGUUACGGCUUCCAAUGGCAACUUCGAGGAGAAAUCAGCGAGUAAGCCGAAGAAGCUCCCCAGGAGCAGGCCCAAGCUGACGCCUGAGCUCCUCCUUUCUGAUGACGGCCUCGGCUACGUCCUCCGCCACUUCCCCCGGAACUUCAAGUACCGCGGCCGCGGCCAUGAGGUCUCCGAUUUGGGGAAUCUAAUUGGGAUGUAUAGGGAAUGGCAUUCUCAUCUGCUUCCUUACUACUCCUUCGAUCAGUUUGUUCAUAAGGUGGAAAAAGUUGCUGCCACAAAUCAAGUGAAGAGAUGUAUAAGAGAACUAAGAGAUAGAGUUGCCCAUGGAGGGGAUCCGACGAAACUGCACGAGCCACCAACUGAGGAUGAUAUUCCAAAUAAUGACCAAGUGCCUUCUGAAGCAACGAACAUGGAGGAACCGAAUCAACACGACAAAGAUUCACCUUUCGAGAACCAUACUGUUGAUGACAUGCAAGAGGGCAUUUUCAAUGAGAUCUUCGAGCAAGCUAUCGAGGAUCCAUCACCAAGCUUGCCGAAUGAUAUUGUUGCUGCUGUUGUGCCUCCCGCCCAGAGUCCCAUGGAAGCAACACCACAUCAGUCUUCUGGCAAUGUUGCAGGUCUGCCCGACGCGACCCUUGUGCCUCCUGAGCAGAAUACUGUGGAAACAACGCCACAUCAGUCUUCCGGCAAUGUCGCAGGUCCGCCCAACACGACCCAUAUGUCGGAAGAGUGGAAAGCUCGAAUGGAAGCUAACAGAUUGAAGGCAUUGGAGAGAGCCGCUUCCCGAGCCCGACAAUUACAGGCCGCUUGACUCCUAUUGUGAUUCAUUUUCGUACUACAUUUACUGCUAAACAUUCCCCCCCUUGUCCCUUUAGAUCUACCAGAAUGUUUGUCCAGUUUAACCUGGCAUGAAACAUGGAAAAUUAUGUUUUUAAGGUCUCGUUCGAUUUA